AUGGCUCUCCCUACAAAAUGCACAAGAGAAGGUUUUGAUCCCAAUGCCUACAAGUUAUUUGUGAAGGCAGGAUACAACCCUAGCGAGCCAUCAGUGCUAGGGAAACUCCCAUCAGAAGAUACAACUAGGAAAGCGCGUGAAGGCCUAGGUUAUAGCCAACCGCCGCCAAUUCGCAUUUCCAUAAGAAGGGCCAGUCCUCUGAAGAAGAAUAACAAGAACCUGAGAAGUUAUUUAAAAGUUACAAGGCCUACUUCACAUUUGAUUCGAAAGGAUUUUAGAAGUUUGAUUCCUUCUAGGAUGAGGCGACGAGUGGAACUUGUGGUUUCCUGUAAAGAGGAACUCAAGGCAAAGGUUCAUACUGUGGUUUACACCAAAGAGCGCGAGGAAGAUGAAGAAAGUGUAGGUUCUUCAAAUCAUGUUACAAUCCAAAAUGAGUAUGAUUAUUUGCCUCAAAAGAAGAUUGAGGAAGAGGUAGAAGAUAUUUCCUCGUGUUGUCAUAUAUCGGUCAAUGACAAUGAUCCUGUGGAAGAGGAAGAUGCCAAAGAUGCUCCACCAGAACUUGAAGAAGGAGUAAAGAUCACAAUAGAUCCUUUGAAGGAAGUUAACCUUGGCACUGAUGAAGAUCCGAAGCCAACUUACUUGAGUGCGUUUCUAGAAAUUGAUGAAGAAGUCACUUACAUGAAUAUACUCAAAGAAUAUAGAGAUGUAUUCGCUUGGAGUUACAAAGAAAUGCCUGGAUUGAAUCCUAGAGUAGCGGUCCAUCAAUUGGCAGUCAAAAAUGGUUCUCGUCCAGUUAAACAAGCUCAAAGACGUUUUAGACCAGACUUGAUUCCGUUGAUAGAAAAUGAAGUUAACAAACUCAUUGAGGCAGGCUUUAUUCGUGAGGUCAAAUAUCCUACAUGGAUUUCAAGUAUUGUUCCUGUGAGGAAGAAGAAUGGUCAAAUUCGAGUUUGCGUUGACUUUAGAGAUCUCAAUAAUGCAUGCCCUAAAGAUGAGUUUCCUCUUCCCAUUCCAGAGUUGAUGAUUGAUGCCACCACUGGUUAUGAGGCAAUGUCGUUCAUGGAUGGUUCUUCUGGAUAUAAUCAAAUCCGCAUGUCACCAAAAGAUGAAGAACUCACUGCAUUUCGCACGCCAAAAGGUAUUUAUUGCUACAAAGUGAUGCCAUUUGGUUUAAAGAAUGCUGGCGCCACAUAUCAAAGGGCUAUGCAAAAUAUCUUUGACGACUUGCUCCAUAAAAAUGUUGAAUGUUAUGUUGAUGAUUUGGUAGUAAAGUCGAGGAAGAGGGGUGAUCAUUUGAAAGACUUAAGGAUGGUGUUUGAGUUACUCCGAAGAUAUCAACUAAGGAUGAAUCCAUUGAAAUGUGCCUUCGGAGUUACUUCCGGCAAGUUCCUUGGCUUUAUUGUGAGACAUCGAGGAAUUGAAAUUGAUCAAGCCAAAGUCGAUGCAAUAUCAAAGAUGCCUGAACCUCGAGAUAUUCAUGAGUUAAAAAGUCUCCAAGGAAAGUUAGCCUACUUGAGAAGGUUCAUCUCAAAUCUAGCGGGGAGAUGUCAACCAUUCAGUCAUCUCAUGAAGAAAGGUGCUCCUUUUAAUUGGGAUCAAACAUGUAGCGAAGCCUUUAAAAGUAUCAAAUCGUAUCUAGCGAAACCUCCGGUUUUGGCAGCCCCUAUACCUGGAAAACCAUUGAUACUCUACAUUGCAGCACAAGAAAGGUCUGUAGGAGCCCUGUUAGCUCAAGAGAAUAGUGAAGGCAAAGAAAAUGCUCUUUAUUACUUAAGUAGAACGAUGACGCCAAAUGAGCUAAAUUAUUCGCCAAUUGAAAAGUUAUGCUUGGCACUGGUCUUCUCAAUUCAAAAGAUGAAGCAUUAUUUUCAAGCUCAUGUUGUCCGCCUUAUUUCUAGAGCAAAUCCCAUCAAGUUUGUUAUGUCAAAACCUGUCCUUAGUGACCGACUAGCAAGAUGGUACCUCCAAUUCCAACAAUUUGAGAUUGUGUACAUCCCUCAAAAAUCCGUGAAGGGACAAGCACUAGCGGAUUUCUUAGCAGACCAUCCUAUACCAAAUGAUUGGGAGUUAACUGAUGAGUUUCCUGAUGAAGAUGCGAUGUUAAUUGAAGUUCAACCUCCUUGGAAAAUGUACUUUGACGGGGCUGCACAUCGCGGCGGAGCUGGUGCUGGUGUGGUGUUCAUCACUUCACAAGAAGAGAUUCUACCAUUCUCUUUUACUCUAAAACAAUGUUGCUCCAAUAAUGUCGCUGAAUAUCAAGCACUGAUACUUGGACUUGAAAUGGCCGUUGACAUGAAACAAUUACAUUUACAGGUCUUUGGUGACUCUCAAUUGGUGAUUAAUCAACUCUUAGGAAGUUAUGAGGUAAAAAAGCCUGAAUUGCGACCUUAUCAUGAUUAUGCUCAAAAGUUGAUAAGAUGGCUUGGGGAUGUAACCCUUCAACAUGUGCGUCGAACAGAGAAUAAGAAAGCUGAUGCAUUGGCUACUCUAGCUUCAACGCUAACCCUUCCUGAUCAAACGCAAGUAACUGUCUGUCAAAAAUGGAUAGUACCACCGUCAAAUGAGGAAGAAUAUAUUGAAAAUAAGCUUGAUCAUAUCGUCGCCAUUGUUGAAGCUGCGAAGGAAGAUUGGAGACAACCCAUCAUUGACUACCUAUGUUAUGGGAUACUUCCAGAAAAUCCAAGAAGAAGAACUGACAUACGUCGUCGUGCACCUCGUUUCCUUUACUACAAGGAUACAUUAUAUAGAAGAUCAUUUGAGGGUAUGUUAUUACGAUGUUUUGGGAGAGGAAGAAACGAUUCAAGCUCUACAAAAAGCACACUCAGGAGUAUGUGGAUCACAUCAAUCUGGACCAAAACUUCAUUUUCACAUAAAGAGGAUGGGCCACCCGAAUUAUUGCACCCAACCAUCGCAUCUUGGCCAUUUGACGCUUGGGGACUGGAUAUUGUAGGACCAUUACCAAAGUCUUCUGGUGGACACUUGUACAUCUUGGCUGCAACUGAUUACUUUUCAAAAUGGGCUGAAGCUGUCGCUCUUAAAGAGGUGAAGAAAGAGAAUGUUGCAAAUUUUAUCCGAGUAAAUAUUAUCUAUCGCUUUGGCAUCCCUCGCUAUAUAAUAACAGACAAUGGCAAACCAUUUGAUAACAAGUUAAUGAACAAGAUUUGUGAUCUUUUUGACUUUAAGCAGCGUAAAUCUUCUAUGUACCAUGCUGCCGCUAAUGGUCUUGCUGAAGCAUUCAAUAAGACUCUAUGCAACCUACUCAAGAAAGUUGUCUCCAAAUCCAAACGGUAUUGGCAUGAAUGA